UUCCCAAGCACUAAAGAAAAAAAAAUCAACGUCUUCCUCAAAAUCUUCCGAACAGGACGAACUCAGAAACAAAGAACGAAGAAUCAAGCUUUUAACCUUUGAAGGCGGCGGCACUUUAUAUUCUCUCUAUCAUUUGAUAUCUCCUAUGAAUUUCGAACCUCCUUUAUACUUGUUCCUUCGAACUUCACCUGUUUCAUCAACCCCGUAUUUUUCUCUUCACUUCAAUUCCCAUUCCCCUUCGCUUCUUCUAUUCUUCUUCCCAGCAAUUUGAUGUGCAGCACCACCACAAGUUCCCUCAACAAGGGUCUCGAUUUUAAAUACCCUUUUGAAAAACACGUUGUUUUCCAGCCUGCCCAUUUGAGCAUUUCGUCGAACAUGUGGCGGAACGUCGCCAAGCACGCACUUUCCGCUACUUUCAGGGGGUUCCACCUUCGCUUCCACCCUCCCAAUAGCCCUGUGAAUUCAAUCUUCCAAAAAAGGAUGGGAAUUUUGAGUUUUGCAAGGAAACCAAAUGAUGUUGGAUAUGGCAAGUUGUAUAAAGGGUAUGCUAGUGUUGCUGAGGCGGUUUCUUCUUCCACUGAUGUGGAAGAUGAUGCUCCAGUUCCAUUUGGUGUCAAAGAAUAUGGUAGUGUUGCUGAGACAGUAUCUUCAACUUAUGUUGAGGAAGAUGCCAGUGUGGUGGAUGAAAUUCGAGAAUUGUUGGAGGAGAUGAAGAAGGAAGAGCAGAGACAGGUUGCUUCUUUUAGGUGGAAGGGUUAUAAUUCGAAUAGGAGGGGCAGUAUGACACAGUCCAAGUUACAGGAGUUGAGGAGGAGGCAGGUUAAGAUUGAGACCGAAGUGUGGGAGGAGGCGGCAAAGGAGUAUAGAGAGCUCUUGUUGGAUAUGUGUGAGCAGAAGCUUGCACCCAAUUUGCCAUACAUGAAGUCUCUGUUUCUUGGUUGGUUUGAGCCGUUGCGUGAUGCCAUUACCAAAGAGCAGGAAUUGUGCAGGCAGGGGAAGAACAAGUCAGCUUUCGCUCCUUACUUUGAUCAGUUGCCGGCCGAUAAGAUGGCUGUUAUCACAAUGCAUAAGUUGAUGGGGUUAUUGAUGACUGGAAGUGAACGUGGAACCCUUGGCACUGCCAGGGUUGUGCAGGUUGUCUGCAGCAUAGGUGAUGCCAUUGAACAAGAGGUUAAAAUACACAAGUUUUUGGAGAAAACCCAGAAGAAAAAAGGUCGUAAAGGGAAGAAAAAUGAAGCAGAUGAUCAGUCUGCUGUUGACCACAAAGAAGGGGAAAAGCUGCGGAAAAAAGUCCUUGAUUUGAUGAAAAAGCAGAAGCUUGUCGCAGUGAAGGGGAUAGUGAAGAGCCAGGAUGAUGCAAAGCCAUGGGGACCAAUCAUUAAGUCAAAGGUAGGAAGCCGUUUAGUUGAGCUUUUGGUGCAGACAGCCUAUAUACAACCACCAUCAGAUCAAUUAGUGGAUUGUCCACCUGAUAUCCGACCUGCAUUUGUCCAUUCAUUUAAAACAAUGACACAUGAGUCAAUGAAAACAAGCAAAAAAUAUGGUGUUAUUGAAUGCGACCCUAUAGUUCUUAAAGGUCUCGAAAGAACUGCAAAAAAUAUGGUCAUUCCCUACAUGCCUAUGUUGGUUCCACCAAUCAACUGGACAGGUUAUGACAAAGGUGGGUAUUUGUUCUUACCCUCCUAUGUCAUGCGUACCCAUGGAGUCAGGCAACAACGUGAGGCAGUUAGGAGGGCCCCUAGGAAGCAACUUGAGCCUGUAUUUGAGGCUCUGGAUACACUUGGGAACACAAAAUGGAGAGUAAAUAAGAGGGUACUGAGUGUUAUAGACAGGAUAUGGGCUAGUGGAGGACGACUUGCUGAUUUGGUGGACCGAAAUGAUGUUCCUUUACCUGAGGAACCAGAUACUGAUGAUGAAGCUACGAUUAAGAAAUGGAGAUGGAAGGCCAAAUCUGUGAGGAAAGAGAAUAGGGAGAGAUAUUCACAACGCUGUGAUGUUGAGCUUAAACUGGCCGUAGCACGGAAAAUGAAGGAUGAAGAAGGUUUUUACUACCCCCACAACGUUGAUUUCAGAGGACGUGCAUACCCCAUGCACCCACACUUGAAUCACCUAGGUUCAGAUUUAUGUCGUGGUAUAUUAGAAUUUGCCGAGGGACGCCCUCUUGGAAAGUCUGGCCUCCACUGGCUGAAGAUACACUUGGCAAAUCUGUAUGCCGGCGGUGUUGAUAAACUAUCUCAUGAGGGUCGUAUUGCAUUCACUGAAAAUCAUUUGGAUGACAUAUUUGAUUCAGCUGACAAACCUCUUGAAGGUAGUCGGUGGUGGUUGAAUGCAGAAGAUCCAUUGCAGUGUUUGGCUGCAUGCAUAACUUUAGCCGAUGCUUUAAGAAGCUCUUCCCCAGAAACAUUCAUUUCACAUACUCCAAUACAUCAGGAUGGCUCUUGUAAUGGCUUACAACAUUAUGCUGCCUUGGGAAGAGACAAGUUAGGGGCUGCUGCUGUCAAUCUAGUUGCUGGAGAGAAACCCGCAGAUGUUUACUCCGGAAUUGCUACUAGAGUAUUGCACAUUAUGCAAAGGGAUGCUCAGGAAGAUCCUGCAAUAUUUCCCAAUGCCCUACAUGCAAGGAGACUAGUUAAUCAGGUUCUAUGCCAUCCUUUUGGUGUUACUUGGUGCAUAAAUAUGGAUAGAAAAUUGGUUAAGCAGACAAUGAUGACAUUAGUAUAUGGUGUCACGUACAUUGGUGCGCGGGAGCAGAUAAAGAGGAGGUUGAAAGAAAGAGAAUCCGGUUUAGAUGAUGACGAACUCUUUGGCGCUUCUUGUUAUGCUGCAAAGGUCACCUUAACUGCCUUGGAGGAGAUGUUUCAAGGUGCACGGAAUAUUCGAUUUAAUAAAAACUUCAAAAUAUUGUUUACUUUAAACCUCAAUUUGUCAUCCCUUCCAAAAUCCUCCAUGCCAUAUAUACCCUCAAAUUCUGAGUUUAUGGCUUUAUAUAGGUUAAUGCUAUUAUUAUGUGAUGGGUUACAGGUCAAAACUUCACUUCAGAUGUUGACAUUGCAACGAGAAACAGAUAAGGUCAUGACAAAGAGGCAGAGGACAGCAUUCCCCCCAAAUUUCGUUCACUCACUUGAUGGUACUCAUAUGAUGAUGACUGCGGUGGCCUGCAAAAAAGAAGGCUUGAAUUUUGCAGGGGUUCAUGACUCAUAUUGGACGCAUGCAUGUGAUGUGGAUAGAAUGAACAGAAUACUCAGAGAGAAGUUUGUUGAACUCUAUGAGACCCCAGUACUGGAAAAUUUACUGGAGAGCUUCCAGGGGUCUUUCUCAACAUUAAUGUUCCCCCCAUUACCGGAUCGGGGAGACUUCGACCUAAGGGAAGUUUUAGAAUCACCAUAUUUCUUCAACUGAUCUUUCUGCAGCCCUCUGUAGGGCAUGGACUCUUUCUUUAGGGCUUAUUGGCUGCAUUUUGAGUCAUUUCGGCAUGUGCAUAAUAGCAGACAACAGUUCUUCCGAAUGUGCUCGCGAUACAGGCCGUUCCUCAGUGGCAUUAUAUAUCUUUGAAGGCAUCCAGGGUCUUGAGGAGGACUCUUGUCUGGUAUGAUAAUAUAAAAUCACCCGUUCCACUGGAAUUUUUGAGGGUAUAUACUUUAACACCAGAUAAAAGCUUUCGUAGCUUUUGCAACAACCAUGAUGCUUUCAAGAAAAAAAUAGCCAAGGGAUAAAGCUUGGCAUUGCUAGUUAGUGAGUGUAGUAGUUAUUGAUUUCAAGAAUUUGGGAAAAGAUCUGCGAAUAAGUUCAGCUCACAAGUCUCCAUGAAAACUAUGCCAGGGAUAGAUGCAAGACCGUCUUUUGAUAUCAAGAGAAUAGCGAAUGUGUACCUUAGAUAAGGUUUUACAUGUGUAUUUUGUACCAGCUUUCUUUUGUAAAUAACUAAAUAUAAAAGAAACAUUCUUUUUUAUUAUUUUAUAACAUGUUUAAGAUAAUUUAUUGUA